CGUCUUUUUCAGCGGCGCAACCCUAGAUUAUGUUCGUCAACCUGAACGGAAGCACGGUUCCGGCGAUAUCACAACCGAAUGCCGCAUCAUGUUAAGUGUGCCUUGGUUCACUUCGAAUUACAUGUACUUCCUUUGUUAUCCACAUGCACCUGGGAAUACUUAUGUUGGUGCCGAUUGCAUCAUAGACCCGCAGCUAUAAGUAGCAAGAUCUCUUACCUAGUGCUCAGAAGGUGCCUAUGGCUAUCUUCCAACCCUCCCCAGGGAUUGUGUAUCUGUUCAAGAUUACCACCCAUGUCCUCGUUCUCCCUUGUUCAGUCUUCUGGGCGCUUCAAGCUGGGCUACAACACUUCAGUGUCAUUCUCCCUUCGUGGCUUUACUUAGUCGCUCCUUUCUUGUCCCAAAUUAUCGUUGGUAUAUUCUGGAACUUGCUCUCCAGAUUUUUCAUGCUUCGAGAUGCUGCUGCCAAGGGUGCCAUCAUGAUGCCCUCCGUUCGGGAGACUAGUCUUUCUAUCAUACGGAGCAUGAUCUACAGCUUUAAAAACGGAUAUCCCGCUGAAAGGAUCCAGAAAUGGAGCGAGGAGUACGGAAACACCUUCUCUUUCAGCCUGUUCUCAGAGACGCGGAUUGUCACGCUGGAACCAGAGCAUGUCAAGGCCAUCCUAGCUACCCAAUUUCACGAAUUCCAGAAAGGCCCUGGCACUUAUGCCAUCUUUGAGUCUCUUCUUGGUGCUGGCGUUUUUAACUCGGACGGUGACAUGUGGAAGUUUCACCGGAACAUGACCAGGCCGCUCUUCAAUAAAGAUCGCAUCGGUGACUUCGACAACUUUGAGCGGCAUGCUACAGGUACAAUCGCCCAAAUCAAAACUAGGUUGAGGGAAGGCUAUCCAGUUGACUUCCAGGAUGUCGUCGCCCGAUUUACGUUGGAUUCAGCCACGGAAUAUCUGCUCGGAAAGGAUGUCAAUUCGAUGUCGGCAGGUCUACCAUACCCGUCUGGUUCUCCUCUGGCGGAUCAUCCCCAUUUCGUCAACCACCCUUCGAAUGCUUUCGUGAAAGCGUUUGCCAAGGGACAAGAGCAAAGUGCUGUUCGACUCCAGGGAGGACGCACUUGGCCCCUUCGUGAAUUCUGGGCAGAUGCGGUCAAGCCAUCGCGAAAGAUAGUUGACGAAUUUGUCCAACCCAUGCUAACUGAAGCUCUUGAGAAGAAGGCAAAAGGUUACAAGGCGGCCAGGUCCGAGAAGGACAUUGGGGAGGAUAUGUCAUUGUUGGACAGUCUUGUAGAAAAUACUGAUAAUACCAAGAUCAUCCAAGACGAGCUCCUGAACAUCCUUGUAGCCGGAAGAGAUACAACCGCUUCCCUUCUUACCUUCGCAGUAUAUAUGAUGUGUGAGCAUCCGGAUAUAGCUGCCCGUCUACGUUCAGAGAUACUGGCAAAAGUUGGUACACGAAGACCAACUUACGCGGAUAUUCGUGAUAUGAAAUAUUUACGAGCGUUCUUAAACGAAACGUUGCGGCUGUAUCCACCUGUCCCGGGAAAUUCUCGAACUGCAAAGGUGCCGACCACUCUUCCGAACAAAGGGUGCGCACCAUAUUACAUUCCCAAAGACACGAGGGUAGUGUAUUCUGUAUUCUUGAUACACCGACGGACGGACUUGUGGGGCCCGGACGCUCUCGAGUUCGAUCCGGACCGUUUCCUCGAUAGCCGUCUGCACAGGUACUUAACUCCGAAUCCGUUUAUUUUCGUCCCCUUCAAUGCGGGUCCGAGAAUAUGCUUGGGCCAACAGUUUGCUUACAACGAGGCCUCGUACUACCUUAUUCGACUCUUGCAGACGUUCUCUUCUUUCAGUCUUGCCAUGGAUGCUCAGCCAGUGGAAGGCACUCCUCCGGCAAGUUGGGUCAAGUCUUCUGGAACGACCAAAGGCAGGGAUAAGAUAAUGUUCGGAUUACACCUGACAAUGUACGCCAAGGCUGGGAUGUGGGUUAGAAUGGAAGAGGCAAAAGACGACGAUUUGGAGGCGGCCGUAUGAGCAACAUGACAGGAGAAAUUUAGUUUGUUUAAUCAAUAUGACGAUGAUAUUAGCUUAUGCUUCUGACUUGAAUGGAUUCUAUUCACACAGUGAAGCACGCCAAUAACGAACACGGUGCUUGGAAGAAA